CGACACCACGUCAGCGGGGCCAAGAUGGCGGCGGAGCGGGAGCCGGCGUUUGCAGGCUUGGCUGACGUCUCCAUAUCUGACGAUGUCCCUGUGGAGGGGCAGAUCACUGUUCCUCUCAGUUCGCAGUCACAGGACGACGAUUACUCCACCCUGGACGAGCCUGUCAAGGACACCAUUAUGCGAGACCUGAAGGCCGUCGGGAAGAAGUUUGUGUACGUUAUGUACCCACGAAAGAGCAGCUCCCUCCUGAGAGACUGGGAUCUGUGGGGCCCUCUCAUACUCUGUGUUUUAUUAGCAAUGAUGAUGCAGGGCAGUAACAUUGACAGUAAGCACGAUGGGGGGCCACAGUUUGCCGAGGUCUUUGUCAUCGUCUGGUUCGGUGCUGUUGUCAUCACCCUCAACUCCAAGCUGCUGGGGGGCACCAUCUCCUUCUUCCAGAGCCUGUGUGUGCUGGGUUACUGCGUGUUGCCGCUCACUGUAGCCAUGAUCAUCUGCUCACUGAUCCGCCUGGCUCCGCACUCCAGCACCUCCCAGAUCCCCAUGGCGGUGGUUAUAAUCCGCUUCAUUAUUGUGCUCGCCGCCUUCGGCUGGUCAACGUUUGCCUCCACAGCAUUCCUGGCCGACAUGCAGCCUCCACACCGCAAGGCCCUCGCUGUCUACCCCAUAUUCCUCUUCUACUUUGUCAUCAGCUGGAUGAUCAUCUCCAACACGUCUGCCUGAGAGACCCUCCCCAAGAAAGAGAGAGAGAGAGAGACGGGGAAGGGAACCCUCUCAGCUCUCGGACAUAAACCUAGGAGAUUCCCAUUGCAGAGCGGCAGGCGGGGGUGGGGUGGGGCGGGGGAGCUGAGAGCCACUCGUCUGUGCUGUGUAUAUUAUUGAUGUACAAUUCUCAGAGCCAGCACAAGAGGUGUCCUCGCGGGGGACAGACUGUGGAGAAAGCUGGAGGCUUUUGUAGAAGCUCCGCAGCCUCAGACUCUCGCAGUGAGUGGCUCUCUCUCUGCUCGGCCUUUCUCUUUCUGAAUUUUGUGUUUUAAGAAAAUUAUUUAUUUUAUCAGGGAAGCGGGGUUGGACUGACGAAAGUUUAGGACCAAAUUUACUUUGAUUUAUUUUGAUUAUUUCUCUCUUCACUGUUAUUCUCUCACCCCCAACACUGAUUCAUGGACCUUUUAA